AUAGGACUAUAAGUUAUCACUAAACAGUAUCAUUCACGGAUUCCAUCGUUUUUUACCCGCGCUUUUUAUUCCGUCUAAGCACGAUUUAAGAUUAUCUUAAAUCGUCCAUCCAAGAAGAUUCUGAAACAAUAAUUGAAGUUCGUGGUCUGUCGUCUGUAUUCCGUUUGCUUCAGUUUGUUAUACUUAAUCGGUAAUUAUUUUCUCUGAUGAAUUUCUCUAUAAUAAUUAAUGAUAAUAUUAUAUAUAGGUAGUCGCACACGCUCCGCAUUUACGAAUAUUAAGAUAUAUUAAAGUAUAGCUUGGUCCGUAUAGAUAUUUGGCGACUGGUACUUACAUUGUCACAACGACUAAAUCACAGUUUGAACCCGAUUGUUUUCGUUUGUUAUUUUUAUUUUUUGGAACCAUGUCUAAGCACCUAGUUGAUAUGGCGUCCAAGCAAAAAGACGUCAUGUUUAACAUGUUGUCAUUAAAGCACAAGUUAUUGAUUCCAGAAAAAGAAUGUGAAAAAUGCGAACAGCAUACUAAAGAUUGGUUGAUUAUUAACGUCUGUCAUCAUGUACUCUGUAUAAACUGUGCAAACAUUCAUGAUGAUAUAAACUAUUGUCAAAUAUGCAACAUCACGUUCGAUCCAAAUACACAAGUCAGUACAGUUACUGAAAUGAAAAUAGCGUUUUCUCAAGUUGAAGAUCUAGUGUGGAAAGUAAUUGCAUUAGAGAGUGGCACGUUGGACGAAUUAUAUCCCGAUGAAGAAUUUAAUAAAAAAACAAAACCAGAUAUGAAUCAUAUAAACUCAAUUAAAUCUUCAAUGCAAAACCAUUUGUCUAGUCAAAAUAAUGAAUCUAACGAAGAAUCAAAUUUAAAUUUAUCUCAAUCAUCAGUAGAUCUAUUUGAAGAAACUGAGGACAUUGAAGUUCAAGAACAAGAAAAUGAUUGUAUUCAAUCUAAUAGAUCUAUUUCUAUUUGUGUUAAAUCUGACAAAAAUAAUGAACUGGUAAAAUAGAAUUUUCUAUUAAACCUACUAUAACCUAGUGAUAAUAAAUUAUAUGACAUAUUUUUAAUUUUUAUUUACUUGAUAUGAUGUCCAAAAUAAAUUUGUAAAAUAAUAUCUAA